GGGGAAACAGGGAACAGUUAUGCUGUGAGCCAGGUAUGAAAAACCAUUAGAUCAUACCUAAAGAUUGCUUAUCUGAAACCCCAGAAAUGGGAUGAAGAAGGUGCCUAUCGAUAAGGUCGAGUGGGAAGGGUAUUUUGAUGAGAGUGGCCACCUGGUGAAAUCUUGGGAUUUUAUUUCAUCCAACAUCCUGGACAGGGGUCUGGAUCCAGCAGUGAGAUCAGAGGCAUGGAAGUUUCUCACUGGCUACUACUCCUGGAGGAGUUCACAUGACGAGAGGCUGACCGUUGACAGUAUGAGGAGGAAAAGUUACGAGGCCUUGUGCAACAUGUAUGACAAGAUCCAACCGUUACUAGAGACAGAGCACAGGGACUUCAUGCAGGUCCGCAGCUUCAUCAAUUCUGACCUGCAGAGACUGUACCUCCGAGACGCACAAGGCUACGCCAUAGUGGACAAGAAACGGCUGGAGAAGAUCCUUCUGCUAAGUUACGUAUGCAACACGGAGGCUGAGUACCAGCAGGGGUUCCACGAGAUGCUCCUGCUAUUCCAAUUGCUGGUGGAGAAGGAACAUGAGGUCUACUGGCUGUUUCAAUUCUUCCUCCAGAAAACAGAGCACAGCUGUGUUGUGAACAUUGGGGUAGGGAAAAAUCUGAUAAUGCUGAAAGCCGUGAUAGCAUUUAUGGAUCCUGUCUUUGCAAAGCACUUGGAAGGGAAGGGGAGAGUUGUGCAGUCACUGUUCCCCUGGUUUUGCCUCUUCUUCCAGCGAGUCUUCAAAUCCUUUGAUGACGUCUGGAGACUGUGGGAGGUAUUCCUGAUGGGGAUACCCUGCAGAAAUUUCCAAGUGAUCGUGGCCUACACUAUGCUGCAGAGUGUCAGAGACCAAAUCCUCCGGGAAAAUAUGGGUGGAGAUGACAUUUUAAUGGUCUGUGGAAACAUCAUAGACCUGGAUGCAGAUGAGCUGAUUUCCAAAGCCUGCUCCACGUACAAACUGCUCAUGGAACACGAGGAAAAGGUUCCAGAUGAGCUGAAGGAGUUCUUCCUUCAGGCAGACUCAUAG